CCUGUCGGCGGUGGUGAGAUGAGGAGCGCGAUGGCGAGGGAGAAUUACGGAGCUCGUCGGUCCGGACGGUUGUCCGCACUUGUGAUUGAGGCAGAAAGUCUUUUCCUGGAGUGACUGUCGUCUUCACCGGUCUCUGUCUCCGAUGAGGAGAAGAAGAGCGGGGUUUUGGGUCGCACCGCCGGACUUUUCCCAAAUGGUUUUAGCGCGAUUCCUGUGAGGCAAGCAUGGCUCUGCUGGUGGUCCCGCUGCUCCUGCAAACUGGACUCGUUUUGGGGUCAAACUACGGUUACGUGGAGUGGUCCGACAACGAGAAGGACGACAGGAACACUGUUGUUUUCAGCACCCAAAACAUCAACAGGGAGCCGCCCCAUCACCCGACGUACUACCACCCGCAUCCCGCCACGGAGCGUCCGGUGGUGGCGCACAAGAUAGAGGAGGAGCUGCCGAGGGUGGUGACCGCCUUCCUGCACACCGGGGACUCCUCCGCGCUCAGACAGGUCAACUGCUCCAAGAGGUACGAGCUCAGGAGCCUGCGUGGGGGCCUCCACGUCGCGUCUCAUUAUUCCCUCCACAGCGUCCUGGACACGCUGGCCCACGCCACCAACUACUUGAACACGAUCCUGCAGACCAACAGGUCCAAAGAGCAGACCCUGCAGAGGGACAUCCAGUGGUAUCACGCUUUAGUUCAGAGCAUCAUAGAAGGGGACCCCAAAAUCCACAGAGCAGUCGUGACUUUCCACCUGGAACAGCAAGGCCCUGGCCCCCACAUAUUCCUGCAGGCGACAAGAGCCCAUAAUGAGGUGGUUCUUCAGGACCUAUCUGGGUCAGCACAUAAGCACCUGAAGGAGCAGAGCCCGGAGGCCGACUGGUUUUAUGAGUUCAGAGACAGGAGGAGGCCACACAUGCACAGAAGAGCCCCGGACACGCCUGAAACCAAAAGUGGCGUCUACCUGCUGGACAAAAACCAAAUCAAGUGGUCACCUCCGUACCUGGAGUGUGAGCAUGGAACCUUCGUGCCGUUCUGGCUGCUCACUCUAUCAGCCGGGUUCUAUGGAGUGAAGAGAAACUCAGCACCGGAGUUCAGAGGUGUCGUGAGAGUCGACGUGAACCUGCAGGAUGUGGACAUCGACCAGUGCUCCAACAGCGGGUGGUUUGCUGGGACUCACCGCUGCAACCUCACCAGUAUGGAGUGCACCCCCAUCCUUGGACACGGAUUCGUGUUGGACAAGUACAAGUGCCAGUGCAAGAUGGGGUUUUAUCAUCCCAGCCGCGUGGCGCUCAACGGCUUCAAAAGUAAAGAUCUGGGUUCCGGCAGAGAUGAUGGUUCAGACGUGUCCAACAAGUGUCUGCCGUGUCGGGAAGGGUGCCCCUACUGUCGGGACAACACGCCAUGUCUCAUCCAGGAGGACGGCGCUCUGAGGCUGACGGUGGCCUCAAUGCAGGGUCUCUGCAUGCUGCUGAACCUGGCUGGCAUGGUGGUGGUCUACCACUGCAGGAGGAACAAGAGCAUCCGCACAUCAGGUCUCAUGCUGCUGGAAACCAUCCUAUUUGGAGCUUUACUGCUUCACUUUCCGGUGAUGAUCCUGUACUUCCCACCCAGCGUGUUCCGCUGCAUCCUCAUGAGAUGGGUUCGAGUCCUGGGCUUCUCCAUCAUGUACGGCACCGUCAUCCUCAAGCUAUACAGAGUCCUCAAGGUUUUCCUGUCACGCACCGCCCAGAGGACGCCCUACAUGACAAGCUGGAGGGUGCUACGACUUCUGGCUCUGAUCCUGCUGGUGGUCCUGUGGUUUUUGGUGGCUUGGACAUCUGCUGUGUGUCAAAACCCUGAGCUCAUUCAAGCCUUGAUCACGGCGGGCCUUACCCCUGAGGGUCUGCAGUUUAGCGUGUGUCUGCUCGACAGAUGGGACUACAUGAUGGCAGUCGCCGAGUUCUUGUUCCUGCUGUGGGGAGUCUACCUGUGCUACGCCGUCCGGACCAUUCCCUCAGCUUUCCACGAGCCUCGCUACAUGGCUGUGGCCAUUUACAAUGAGCUGCUCAUAUCAGCCAUCUUUCACAUCAUCAGGUUCUCGCUGGUGUCCGGACUUCACCCCGACUGGAUGCUCAUGCUGUUCUUCGCUCACACUCACCUGACUGUCAGCGUCACCUUGUGUCUGCUGCUCAUUCCAAAGUUUCUGUCGAAAGGGACGCAGGCCAGAGAUGAUAUCGCCACCGAGGCCUAUGAGGAGGAGCUGGACAUGGGACGGUCGGGUUCUUACCUCAAUAGCAGCAUCACCUCGGCCUGGAGCGAGCACAGCCUGGACCCCGAGGACAUACGGGAUGAACUGAAAAAGUUGUACGCUCAGCUGGAAGUCUACAAACGCAAGAAGAUGCUGGCCAAUAACCCGCACUUGCAGAAGAAACGCAACUCCAAAAAAGGUCUGGGACGCACCCUGAUGAAGAGGAUCACAGAGAUCCCGGAGACCAUGCACUUGCAUCGCCAGUGCAGCCGCGAGGACGGCAGCGAGCACGGGAGCAACCGCAGCACUCUCAGACGGAACCCUUUUGAGCCGAGUCAUCAUGCCAAACCUCUGGAUGACUCCCUGAGAAACAAAGUCAUGAACUUGACCAAGUCCCUGAGCUACGACCAUGUUUGCGACCAGGAGGAAGAAACUAAAAGCCAAACUGGCUCGGCUGGUGGGGAGAAAAUGACCCCUGCGGGGGGCAGCAGUGAGGUCACCCUGCUGGGUUCACUGAUCGGCCGCAAACACACCAAAAAGCACCUCGAGCCGGCCGCGACCCCGCCGCGUCUGGAACCAGCGGAGUCCACAGAGUCUGUCCCGCUGUUCUGGAAGUCCGCCAGCGUUCACAACCUGACUCACGAGAAGAAGCCGGUUCACCUACGAACCUCCAUCAUGCAGAAGUCUCUGAGCGUGAUCGCCAGCGCCAAGGAGAAGAUGCCGGGGCUCUCCAACAAGACUGUGGAGGAUGCGAGCAAGAAGGGGCCGAAGGUGCAGGAGGGGAGGAUGCUUUCAGAGGUGGACGAGAGUCCAGAACAUUAUCCAAAAAUGAUCAUCAGCCAGUCGGUGGAGUACUCAAAGACGCAUCUGAAGAUGGGCAUCAUGAAGCAGCAGGUGAGCGGCAGCCAACCGUCCAUCUGCUCCGAAACGGGUCGCAGCCUGUAUGACGUGUCGGAGGUCUCAACCUGGGAGAUCGAAGAACCUCAAACGCCUUCCGAAACAAAAACCCAGAAGCACGUUUCCAUCGCUCCGGUAGAAGCUACAGCGGGCCGGAGAGGAAGCAGCUCCGGCUCAAAGUGCAGUCGAUCUCAGCAGCGGCAGAAGGUCGGACAGUCGCCGUCCAACAGGCGGCGCUCUAAAGAUAAAGGAGAAAGAGAGGAGGGCCGAGACUCCAGGAAAGCUCGUCCUCCGAGGUCACCUCUGCCGCUGAAGCCGGAUGUUUGCCCCUGGGAGUUUGAAGAGCAGCCCAUGCUGGGAGGGGACUCAGAUUCCAUCUCACCUGACAGAAUCCGACGCAAAAAGAGCGUCACUCCCACCGAUGGGAAGCCGAAAACCCUCCAUUCUGACUACUCCAAGUCUACUGGGAGUCUUCUGCAGCCCCCAUCCCUGAUGGUGGAGAUCUGCCCCUGGGAUUAUAACUGUCCUCCGUCACCAAAGCAGGAGAAGAGCUGCAACAGUCCCACCACCCACAAGAAGAAGCGGAAAGGCUCCUGCUCAUCCAACCACAAAGCAGAAAGGGAGAAAGGGCGGGAGAAGAGCAAAGAGAGGCGGAGCUCCUCCAGCAAGCCGUCCUCUGAAAGGAGGCGCGUGAGCCAAUCGUCGGAGUGCCGGGAGCCAGGCUCAGAGCGGCGGAGGAGCUCCACAAGAGACCCAGAGCUGAUCGAGAACAGGAGGUCUGAGAUCAUCUCCCGAGAGGCCGAGGCCUCCCUCAUGUGUCAGACUAAACCAACAGAGAGGAGGAGGCCGAGCAGUUACAGGCCCGCUGUGGUCAGUGGCGCCAAGAUGGCUGAUGUUUGUCCAUGGGACUUUCAGGACCAGGAGGACCAAGCAUGAUGACCUGUGUGAUGAUCUGUCUUUAAUUUUAAUAUUCACUGGCAAAGUUUCCUGGUGUCAAACUCCACUGUCCAUCAGCACAUUUUUGAACUUCUUGCAUCUCACGCAUCAGGGUUCUUUGGCCUUGCAACCAUUUUUACCAGCAGCUUGUUCGACCUCAAGUACAGAACAAUUUUACAAUGUUCACCAACAUCAGUAGUGAUGCACGGAGAGGCUAAACCCUAGUGAUGGGUGGAUGAGGUUUCAUGACAUAGUAUUGCAGGGUUCAUGAAACAGUCUCCUAAUUUUCAGCUGCUAGAUGGCGCUCUUGGGUUAGAAAUGAUGUGAGGUUUCACUGAAUUCAAUUCCAAACAUUUUACAGCAGACAGCGCCAUCUGGUGACCUCUGAAAAUCAGGACACUGUUUCAUGAAACCUCAUCAUGAAACCUCAUCAACUCUUCACUCUUAAACACUGAGAGCUAGGGAACUAGGAGCUUGGGCUUUGUCACACUCUUAAUGCUAAUAACAAAAAUUCAUUUUUUUUCCAUUAAUAUUUUUAUUGUUUUUUUUAAACAUUUAGCAAAAUACAAUGACAACAGACAGAAAUUUAAGUAAUAUUAAGUACUAAUAUAAUGCAAUAAAAAAUAAAAUACAUAAAAAAAAAAACAUAUCAUCCAGAUUAGACUACUCUACGUUUGAAUUAUUUUUAUUUAUUUUUAUCAAGGUAACGUCUGUGAAUCCCAUUGCUCAGUAAACUUUAGUAAAGGUUCCCAUAUUUCUUCAAAUUCCUCUGGUUUCCCUCUAACAACAUACAUCAAUUUUUACGUCAUUUCUUUCAUCCAUAGAUUCAUUUAGGGUAGAUCUGUUUUUUCUUUCCAAAAUAAAGCAACCAAUCUCCUAGCUUGUAACAAUCCAAAGUCCAUUAAUAUUGACUUUUGAGAAUAUACAACUUUGGGGUAGAUACCAAGUAUAAAGAGUAAUGAGGUAUAAUGAGUCCAACAAUUUGUUUUGUAAACCUGCUUCUGUUUUCGUUCUCGCACCAAGACAUCUGCUAAAGGAGGUUACGCUAUUGGUUAUUAUUGUAGCUGCAGCAGGUGUUGUGGAUCCUUCGGCUAGUUACAAUGUAAUUACGCUUUUUCAAUCCAGCUGUACUGCAACUCUUUUCAUAAUGUCCUCCGAAGAGAGGUAUUUUGAGUGUCAUUCAUCUGCAAAAAGAGCACAAAGUUGGAGGUAAUAUACAGUAAAUUCCGCUGUGAUUUGGAGGUUUGCUUCUCUGUUUUGGUUCUGUUUUGUCUGUUUAUAACGCCGACAUUCAGCGGUCACAUGCUCGUACCUCGAGCGCUUCAGUUCAGCUUCAGUUAGCCCGCAGCCCUCCAGGAGAACAGGCCUUUAUGAUUGAUUCGAGGAUGAAAACAACUCCAUGGGGGAUGAUUUCUGUAAUUCUGACUGAGUGGUUUGCCUCUCUGCACUUUUCCUAUGUAUUUUUGCACACAUUCGGUUGCUAUGGUAACUACAUUGCCAGAUGUUGUCCUGUCACUUGGAUUGAAAACGUUUGCUGAUGAUUCUCAUGAAGAAGGAAACAUGGAAAGACGAUCCCUUCCAAGACACCUUACACUGCCACAUUUGGCGUCCAAGCCUCUUGAUGUCUGUGUGUGCAUGACCGUGGAAAUCCAGUCAGCAUGGUCCGAUGAAAUUCACCCACAGGCUUAGCGUUGAAUUUUAUGUGAGAAAUACUCUUUUCAAAGAUGUCUGGAAUUCAGAUGCAAACAAAAGAAUCUCACUUUUCACUGAAACGAUUCCUGCAGUGACUCAAAAGGAAACUUGUAUUGUGCACACUUCAGUGUAUUCUUGUGAUGCAGUGUUGCUCCAAAGAUUUGUAGCAUUCAGUGUGUUGCAUGUACAGAGAGAUAAAAAGAAGAAAAAAAAAUCUGUCCUUAGUUCUAAAUUAAACAUUUUUAUGAAACUGAACUCAGAUCGUUGUUUGAAUGAAACUGUUUCACUGACGAUGAAACACUGGCACCUGGUGGGAAAAGCUUUGUAUUGCAAUAAAGCGAUU